UGUCAAUAAAGUUGCAGCGGUUUAAUGCUUGCGGCGGACAAUAUGGCGGCCUCCAUGCUGAGCUCUUUGCUGCGGACCGUCCGGCAGAUGGUUCCUUCAUCAGCUUCAGGCCAGGUUCGAGGUUACUAUGUGAACUGGAGAAUGUUGCGUGAUGUGAAGAGGCGAAGAAUGGCCUAUGAAUAUGCAGAUGAGAGGCUGCGGAUCAAUUCGCUCAGGAAGAACACCAUUUUGCCAAAAGACCUUCAGGACGUGGCUGAUGAAGAAAUUGCUGCCCUUCCCCGGGAUAGCUGUCCGGUCAGAAUCAGAAAUCGGUGUGUUAUGACGUCCCGUCCGCGUGGUGUAAAGCGGCGCUGGAGGCUUAGUCGUAUUGUGUUCCGUCACUUAGCCGACCACGGGCAGCUGUCUGGGGUCCAGCGAGCAAUGUGGUAAAAAGCUCCAGAACCUGCUGAGCUUGCUGGGAACCUGUCCUGGCGGGAAGAGACUUUUCUGGUAGACAAAAUCCUAGUGUUUAUAGGAUCCACUAGGAGUCUAGUUUACCUGAUGCUGUCUGUAGUUAAAUUACUUUUAAAUGUUAAACGAAGAAGUUUGGAUCUCUAUCAGUGAAUUCUGGCUGUCAGUGAAUUUAUCUUUUCUCUUGGACUCAUACUGUUCCCAUGCAUGGUGCAAAGAGCAGAGUAAUAAAAAAUAUUUUCUGUGAAAGUA